ACAAGGACCAAUAGGAGCAGAGGACAGUCGGGAGAGGGGAAAUAGCAGUGCAGUGCAUACACAAAGUUUAUCAUGGCAGCUUAGCGCAUGUCUGGGUGCAGAGUUAUACACUCUACUGCCUCCUUAGUCGCGUUGAAAUGAAGUCAGAUCAGAUUUAAAGGGGGUUUUAAUGUUUCCAGAGAGGAAACUGAAGAGGAUAAGGGGAAACUGCAACUGAAACGGGGCUGCUGCUGCUGAUUACGUGCAUACUCACAUAAUAGCUUAGUCGUGAAAAUGCACGUACUUACAUAAAGUCUUUAUGUGUGACCUUGAGCAAAAUGUGCAAGUUUGUCUGAACUCGAGAGCCUGCGUGUGUUGAACAACAGAGAAGGUCAGGUUUGGUUGGGUUGCGCCAACACAUGGCUGAGGCUGCUGUGAGAAGUUGACAAAUAAGGUUUGACCUCGUGGUGGAGGGAGAGGGAGAGAGAGAGAGACUACUGGAUUAAACACUGCCAGCAGCAGAAGGAGGAGGAGGAGGAGGAAGAUGAGGACGACCAACAAAUAACCUACUGCCCCUUCUUCUCGCAAACUGUGUCCUGUGAAAAAGCCCCAUGAUUCUGCUGUCAUAUAUUUACUUAACAAUAAAGAGUGAUUAGCUCGGCUCGCCCUCGACGUCCAUUGACCUAUUUCGGCAGAGUUGGGGGGAAAAAAAAUAAGCGGAGACCACAACUGCUGUCGAUCAUGGCAGGCGACAUGAUGUUACUGAUGCGAGGCUUGGCUAAGCUGAGCCAGGCGGUUGUAGAGACUCAGAGCACCGCCAUGCGUAGUGGAACGGGACUCCCAGGAGUUGGUGCUGCGGUCCAAAAUGUCCAGUCGGCUGCCGAGCAAGGUCUGUCUGCCGCUAUGACGAAAAUCCAGGAGCUGUCUGGCCAGCAGCAGACCUCUUCAUCAGAAUCAGAAUUUGACAUCCCUCAGGAUGACAGUGCAUUCGCAGCUUCAGAGUUCAGGGAGGAAGGUGUGGACUUCAGAGUGGAUCACACAGGAGCGAGUGACGAUGCAGGAGCCCAUCAGAGCGCAUCAGCGUCAGGAGCGAGUGGGAAACAGUCAUUGUUUGAGGGAUACAAAGAUCCCAGCAAACAGUUUAGUGGGCACACCAGAUCUUAUCACCACGAUGCCAGACAUUUCAUUGGACAUCGUCAUCUCUACAACCAAAGUCUGAACAGGCAUUUAUGGAGGCAGCUAUACUUUCAGCGUCACGUCAGUCAGCUGAGGAGCUACCAUCAGGACCCGUCCACAGUUGGGGGGCUGACAGCCGAAGACAUCGAGAAAGCAAGACAGAGCAAGAGGGCUGAGAUCAAACCACACAAACAGACGCUGAGUGAGAGAUCCAGAGAGAGGAAAGUGCCAGUGACUCGGCUCGGCAGACUGGCCAACUUUGGAGGUCUUGCUCUCGGUUUGGGUAUUGGAGCACUGGCAGAAGUUGCCAAGAAGAGCAUCAGACACAAUGGUGCCGCAGGUGAAAAUAAGAAAGGCGUUCUGGACUCCAGUCCCUUCCUGUCCGAGGCCAACGCUGAGCGCAUCGUGAGAACCUUGUGUAAAGUCAGAGGAGCUGCAUUAAAACUGGGACAGAUGCUCAGCAUUCAAGAUGAUGCAUUCAUCAACCCUCAACUCGCAAAGAUCUUUGAGCGUGUAAGGCAGAGUGCUGACUUCAUGCCAAUCAAACAAAUGACAAAAGCGUUGAACAAUGACUUGGGUCCUCAUUGGCGAGACAAACUGGAGUCGUUUGAGGAGCGUCCAUUUGCAGCAGCGUCCAUCGGCCAGGUUCAUCUAGCGAGGAUGAAGGAUGGUAGGGAGGUGGCCAUGAAAAUACAGUACCCCGGUGUGGCUCAGAGUAUCAACAGUGACGUAAACAACUUGAUGACAGUGCUGAAUAUGAGCAAUGCCCUGCCUGAAGGUCUGUUUCCCGAACACCUGAUACAUGUAAUGAGAAAAGAGCUGGCACUGGAGUGCGAUUAUGUCAGAGAAGCACAGUGUGCAAAGAAGUUCAGGGAGCUUUUGAAGGACCAUCCAUUCUUCUAUGUACCAGAGGUGAUAGAGGAGCUGAGCAGUCGCCAUGUCCUGACCACAGAACUUGUCCCUGGGUUUCCUCUGGACCAGGCUGACAGCCUCUCACAGGAGCUGAAGAACGAGAUCUGUCACAACAUCUUGGUGUUGUGCCUCAGGGAGCUGUUUGAGUUCAGGUACAUGCAGACUGACCCCAACUGGUCCAACUUCUUCUAUGAUCCACAGACACACAAGGUGUCACUGUUGGACUUUGGAGCCACAAGAGGAUUUGAUGAGAGUUUCACAGAUGUCUACAUAGAGGUAAUCCGUUCUGCUGCCGAGGGCAACAGAGAGGGAGUUCUGAAGAAAUCUAUCGAGAUGAAGUUCCUGACUGGGUAUGAGUCAAAGGCAAUGAUAAAUGCCCACGUGGAUGCGGUGAUGAUCCUUGGCGAGGCCUUUGCUUCCACAGAGGCUUUCGAAUUUGGCUCUCAGUCCACCACUGAGAGAAUCCACAACCUUAUCCCCGUCAUGCUCAGACACCGGCUCACCCCUCCCCCCGAGGAGACGUACUCACUCCACCGUAAGAUGGGCGGCUCGUUCCUUAUCUGCUCCCGGCUGAACGCAAAGCUGCACUGUAAGGACAUGUUCCAAACAGCAUAUCAGAAGUACUGGGAAGGCCGCACACCACCGUCUUCCUCGGUCUAAAACAAUCCCCAAGUGUUGGGCCAUUUGAUGGACACAUCCUGGGGCCAACUGCAAAGUGCAAGUCAACAGAAUGGUUUGGGGGGUGCGGAGACGCAGGACUGCAGAGCAGAGGACAUGUUAACCAUCCUUGAAAUUUGGGUAACCCACUACAGUGAGAUUGGAAAGGCACUUAUACAUAUUUACAGCCACCAUUUGAGUGCUUUGAGGACAUAUCUAUGUAUGGCCCUGAGAGCGCUGAGACGAUGUGGGCAAGAAAAGAGAGACAAAGAGACAAACUGAAGUUUUCAAGAUGAUUCUUGCAUCUUCCUGUGUGUUUUUGUUGCUGUGUUUUAUCGAACUUUUGGAAAAUCACGCCACCUGUCCAGUUUGCGGUCUUACAUGUUAUGGGUAAAAAUAUGACUGUAUUAACGAAGAGGACUGAAUUCUUGAUGUAAACCCCUCGUCAUUACAUAUUGGAGUUAAUAAUACAUCUUUAUAUGUGCAGCAUGAGUCACAGUCUUGACCGGGAGCAACAUGUCUGGGUCACAAAUAUUGGCUUGGUCUAAAUAAAUGAAAUAAAUGUAGCAGUUUUGAUAAGAGCAAGGCUUGCUAAGAGACACAUUCAGUGUUCAACACGUUGCCAGGCAAUCAGGUUCCAUUAAAUGUAGCUAUUUGUAGAAAAUGGGACAAACUGGAAUUUGUCCACCGUUACAGAUAAGAAUGUCUGACUUAUAACUUGUGUAUAUGUGUUCUCAACUGUUAGCAGGAGAGUGUAAAAGCAUAAACAAAUGAAACCAUAUGGAUCUGUAUUACAGACUGUAAUAACAUGAAAGCUGAAAGACAGAUUGCUGUGUUGGUCCAAGCUUUGUCAUGAAUGUCAAUGAACCAUAGGGACGAAGAAGCUCAUCCUGAUAUUGCACAAUCUCCAGCUCGUAGCUCACCUCGCCUCCCGCUAGUUGGUAGUCUCCCCAUGCCUUCUCGGGUGGGAAAUCCUCCGUCAGCUGGCUCAUGUGCGGCUGUGAACGUUGUCUCUAUUGUGUGAAUGCAUUUAAAAUGGUCUGUGGAGUGAAGCUGGGGAAAAGAGGAGAACAAGGUGCCUGUUGCCGAUGGAAGGUUUUUUAGCUAGAAAUCCUGACUUUAUAUUUCAUAUCAAGACUCAGUGGUGAGAUGGUUUAAAUUUUCUAACUGAAAUGCAUUCUUUACUCAAAGUUGUGAUAUUGUAUUAUGGAAAGAGUAAAUGUUUGAUCUAUA